UACUCUAUGAAAUGUAUUAUAGUUCAUGUAUGCUUGUUUUAACUCUAUGAUUUUGUAAUAAUACGUGUUUUUGGUCUGAAAUCUAAAAAUGGACGGUUCAGACGACUUACUUCAAUCAGACCAAUCCUCCACAGAACUGACGCCGGACGAGAUCGAAAUUCUAAGUUUACUUCCGGACUCUUUAGAACAGUAUUUGUUUAAUCAAGAAUCCCCUCCUACUUUGGAUCUUUUUGAAUUAGACGUAAAUCCAAAUAUGAAUUUGUUCAAUCCUCUGCUAAGCCUAGACACCGAUCCCGUUGUACAACACGGCGGUGUUUUAAACAACCCACCGGCGGCAUGUACCGAGGCUGAUCCUGACAACACAGACCACCCCGCCGGUAAUGAUACUCCGCAACCGUCCGUAUCAGGUAACGUCGACCCUACUACACAGACUCGAUUAAGCCGUACAGACGUUGACAGGUUGAUUCGCGAGGGUGGGGACGUUAACGGAUAUCAUGCUUUACCACAACCUCGUUUCAAUAGCGUGACAUUGAGAAGGACUACGAAUAUGAGAGAGAUUAACUCUACAGAUUUGGCCUCUUACCACGCCCGCUUACACAACAUGCUUACUGGAAUUGUGAAUUUCGCUAGGGAAUUUGACACAAAUUCUCCGGUGAUCAAUAUCACAUUGAUGGCUCCCAGUUUACAGAUGCCCGUUAGUGGGAUUUUAACCCAUAGUAAUAAUUACAAUGUGAUUGGGUUUAUGGAUCAAAUUGAAAAAGUUUUACAGAGCAACGACCGGUUACUAUCUGACCAAACCGUAGAAUUUGAAGCUUCCCUAGCCAUGAACAGACAAGGCGGCGGUCGACGUCGGAAACUCACGGACUUGGCUGUUGAUGAGGUGAUCAAAAGGAAAAAGACGAGCUUAUUUUGCCCGAUCAAUAUUUCAAAUAAUUUGUGCUUCUCCAUCUGCCUCGCCCGUUUUCUUAACCCCCAACACCCUGAGAGCGAUUUAGAAAAACUGACUACCGUCAUCCAAAACAGCGUCGGCUUCUCAAUCCAAGACCCAAUCGGUCUCUGCGACAUAGCCUCGUUUGAACGAGCGCUAGACAUUAAAAUCGUCAUAUUUCACAGAUGUUUGAAUGCGUUCCUCGGUUCAACAUAUGUGUGUCCAUUUUGCUACAAAUCCUACACCAACCCUAGACACCAUCGAUGUAAGCACGCCUGCAACAUCUGUUUCGACGCGGAAUGUUACAGGUUCCAAGCGAGAAUCAUACAUUGCCCCGAUUGUUUGCGUUACUGUAAAUCGGCUUAUUGUUUCGAAAUGCAUUAAAAAAAAACACCUCCCGGUCAGGAAUACCCCGCCUGUGAUAUGAUCAAAUACUGCAGACGUUACAGCGUUAAACCGGGCAACGAGAAAACCAAACACAUAUGCUCACCAGACAAAUGUAUGCAUUGUCGAGAGCCUCUGACGGACGAUGGAGCACAUCAAUGUUUCAUACAACCUCUAGAGCUCAAGGAACCGUGUGAGAAAUAUAUUUUUUAUGAUUUUGAAACGCUUUCAAAAACGGACGCCACGAGGCUAAUUUUGUUUGUGCCAUUUUUUUUAUUUUUAUUUGACCUUUAUUUAACCAGGAAAAUCUCUCUGAGAUUAAAAUCUCUUUCAUAGGAGAGUCCUGGCCAAGAAUGGACAGCAGUUACAGUCACACUUACAGAUUAAAACAACAAAUGUACAAUUUAAAACACUUAAAAACAAUUGCAAAUCAAUGAGUCUUCUUCGAAUGACCGAAUAAUAGAUUUAAAAUGUUCCAUAGGCAACAAAGUUUGUAAUUUCAAUUUUGUUUGGAGUAAAUUCCAUUCAAAUGGAGCUGCGUACAAAAAAGCCCUUUUUCCCAAUUCAGUUCUCACAAAUGGGACAGAGAGAGUAAAACAAUUAUCAGACCGGAGGGAAUAUUUCCCAACACUUUUCUUUUGAAUUAGACAACCUAAAUAUGAAGGCAACAACCCCAGAAUAGUUUUAUAAAUGAUUAAGUAAAAAUGAAUUUUCCUUCUAAUAGACAAAGAUGGCCAGGAUACUCUAUUAUACAAUAUACAAUGAUGAGUUAAAGGUUUACUAUCUGAUAUAAAUCUUAAAGCGCUGUGAUAAACAGCAUCCAAAGAAGAAAGAAGCUGAGAAGAAGCAAAUUGAUAAACCACAUCACCAUAAUCGAGUACAGGCAGGAAAGUAGCAGAAACUAACCUCUUUCUUACAUUAAAUGAAAAACAGAACUUAUUUCUAAAAUAAAACCCAAGCUUUACUUUUAACUGUUUUGUUAAUUUAGUUAUAUGAGACCCAAAAGAUAAUUUAUCAUCGAUAGUGAUACCAAGAUAUUUAUAAUCUUUCACUAACUCAAUCACAUUACCUUGCAAAGUCUGAAGAGGAAUUAGAUUGUCUACCGGCUUUUUUCGAGCUUGAGAAUAACAUGAUUUUAGUUUUAUCAGCAUUCAGAACAAGUUUUAGUGUAUGAAGCCGUGACUGAAAAACAUCAAAUGCUGCUUGAAUCAAGGCUUGCUGUUUUGAAGGUGCACCACAAUACAUAACAGUGUCAUUUGCGUAAAAAUGUAAAUUAACGUCUUGAUUACCAUGGUCAAUACUGUUUAUGUAGAUAGUAAAUAAAAGAGGCCCUAACACGGAUCCUUGAGGAACUCCUGCCAUGACAUUCAAAGGUCAGAAAUGUACCGCCUACGGCACGGACUGCAUCGCUAAGCUAAUCAAACGCUUCAGACAACCCCGAUACAAAGGCUAAUGCUUCAUCGCUCAUUAUGCCUCCAGAUUUGACGCCUUUCUCAUUCUGGAGUAUUUUUGCAAAGCGGGGAUCGUGCUCGAGGUCAUAAUGCAAGGGUGCAAACUACUCCUGAUGUACGACGACGCAUUUGCCCAACGAUACAUCGAUAGCUUUUUCCCAUUCGCUCUCGCCAAAAUGCCCGCGGCGUUAGACUUGACGACGACUGAAAAAGGCUAUUUCCCCCAUCUUUUCAACAGGGUGGAAAAUGAGAACUACGUCGGACCGUACCCUGACAAAAAGUUCUACAACUACGAGAACAUGUCGGAUAAAGACCAAGAAAAGUUUGACGCGUGGUACAGCACGGUCAAGGGCGAGCUCUUUAACUUCAGGAAAGAACUGUACGACUACGGCGUUAACGACGUCGUGUUAUUGCGUGAAGGUUGCAUGAAGCACAGGGCGUCAUUCCUACACUGCACCCAACUCGACCCUUUUGGGUUCACGACGAUCGCCAGCUGCGCAAUGGGGGUCUUCAAAACACAUUAUCUCGCCAGAAACAUGCUCGCCCUGACGCAUAACAAGGCGUACAUCCAUCAGAAUAAGUCCUACUCAAGCGGUUCGAUCCAAUGGCUCAAGUAUAUAAAAAAUGGAAUCGGAUGAAAAAGACUGAUCCCUCCGUGAUAGAAUUUAUGGCCGAUUAUUCCGCCUCUGAGAGAUUGAAUCCGCGCGAAACGCUCUUUGGAGGUCGCACCAACUCCUAUAAGCUAUACCACAAAGUGAGCGGCGAUGAGAAAAUAACAUAUCUGGAUUUCACCAGUCUGUAACCUUUCUGUCAGGCCAGGAAAAGCUACCCGAUCGGAGACCCCGAAAUCAUUUUUGUAGAUUUCGAACCGAUUGAAAAUUAUUACGGACUUAUCAAAUCCACCGUGUACCCUCCCCGCAACUUACUGCGGAAAGGAAGUACAACUUACUUUCCGCUCGAACGGAAAACUGACUUUUCCGCUAUGUAGAACCUGCUCUCAAGACCAAAACCAGACCUCGAGCUGUACCCACACGGACCAGGAAAGAUCGCUCUCGGGCUGUUGGGUCAGUAUCGAGCUUUUAAAAGCCAUCGAGAAGGGCUAUGUGGUAGCCAAGAUAGACAAUGUUUGGCAUUUUCCACAACGGUCAGACACGUUGUUUGCCGAAUACGUAAAAACCUUCUUAUGUUUGAAACAACAAGCUUCGGGCUACCCUCCGAACGUCGUCACGGAUGCGGAGAAAGAGGCUUACAUUCGUGACUAUUUUGAAAAAGAGGGUAUUCAACUCGACCCGGAAAAAAUCAAGUACAACGCCGCCCAAAGGGCGAUCACUAAACUAAUUCUGAAUAGUUUGUGGGGACGCUUCUCUUUAAGACCGAACUUACCUCAAACGAUUCUGGUGCGCGAGCCCGAAGAUUUCACCAGAAUCGUUUUUGGCAACACCGACACCUUGUCCUAUUUCUCAUUCGUCUCAGACGACGUAGCUCUAGUCCAGCAUAAACCCGACAAGGACAAUGUUUGCAAGGCGCGCGACAUCAAUGUUUUUGUAGGCGCUUUCACUACAGCGCACGCCCGACUGGAAUCGUAGGAAGUGAUGGAUAGACUAGGCGUACGAUGGCUAUACUCUGACACCGACAGCGUCAUAUUCGUGUCUAGGGACGGCGACUGGGAGCCUCCUUUUGGUGAUCAUUUAGGGGAGCUGACGAGCGAAUUGGACCCCGACGAUCAUAUAACGACCUUCUGUGCCAGUGGUCCCAAAUCAUACGCUUUCGAGACGGUCAAAGGUAAAGUCUCCAUGAAAGCUAAGGGCAUAACUCUGAAUGCUAAAAAAUCCAAAGCUAUCUGUCUCGAAUCCCUGAUUGGUCUGGUUGACAGCUAUGUGACGUCUCACGAUAGAUCCAAAUACAUCCUGGCUCAGAUGGAAAACAUUGUGAGGGAUAAAAAGACUUUAACAUUACAAAACAAAUCAGUCGUUAAAAGGUUUAAGGUCGUCUGCGAUAAACGUCGGCUUUUAAGCGAUUAUACCACGCUUCCUUACGGCUACUGAUCAGAUGGCGAUGCACAGAGGGUCUCAGGUUGUGUCCGAUUUUGAUUUCAGACUUCAACACCCUUUCAGCUGCGUUGUAUCUGGACCGUCCAAUUCUGGAAAGUCUUAUUUUGUGAAACUUUAGUUGGAAAAAGGUUUGAAUAUAAUUUCGAAGAAAAUUGAAAACAUUGUUUGGUUGUAAGAUUGUUGGCAAACUUUGUACGAUGAUUUACUUCAAUUGUAUGACAUUAAAUAUAUAUUAUACAGGGAAUACCCCAGAGUCUGAAUGAUGAUGAUUUACUGCCUGUUACCACCGCCAACCUUCUCGUCGUCGACGAUCUCAUGGAACAAGCUAGCGCUAACGUCGAACUGCAGCGCGUGUUCACUCAAUACUGUCACCAUCGUAAUCUCAGUUCUAUUUACAUAGUGCAAAAUUUAUUCGCGCAGGGAAAGUCGAGUCGAACCAUCAGCUUAAACGCCAAUUAAAUGAUCCUGUUUAAAAAUCCUCGGGACCUCCAUCAAGUGGCGAUGCUAGGUCGUCAAAUGUACCCCGGAAACACAAAAUACUUUAUGGAGUGUUAUCACAACGCGGUCGACCGACCUUUCAGCUAUCUAAUGAUAGACUAUAAAGUGAAAACUCCGGAGCAGUACCGUCUCAGAACAGGAUUGCUUUCAGACCGUUUUUUCGGGUUUAUAUCCCUAAAAAAAGAAGAGCGUGAUCACCAUGUCCGCCAGGCUUUGUAAGCAUCUGCCGGUGUUAAAAAAUGUUACAUAAAGCCACUCCUAAACAACGACGCCUUCUUUUACAAUCGGCGUCCGACGAAUUCAUUAUAGCGCUCUGCGAAGUGGCUCUAAACAUCCUCUACGGCAUCAUUCCGGUGAGCAGGCAACAGUACCAAAAACUGAAAAAGAGAAAAGUCGAUAUUAAAUUUGUAGCCGAUAAAAAAAAAAUCGGCAUAGCGGCCAAGAAACGAGUCUUCAACCAGAAGGGAGGGUUACUGCUACCGCUCCUCAGCGUCGCCGUGACGUUUCUCACCAGCUUGAUAGCGAAUCGUUAGGAUGGAGUAUGCCGAAAAGAUGUAUUUAGUCCCUCACCAUCAACUGGAUAAGCUCAAGAGUGAAAAUGCUCGCGAGAACAUUCAACAGACCGUGGAGAGCGAUUUGGACACCGCCAUAAGAAAUAUUUUACGCCACGACGAUUUGAAUCCUUACGAAAAAGUCAAACUUUACAGCCAAACCCUGGACAGGUUUUUGAACGUCGUUAAACAAGGGGAUCGUUAGAGCGGUGUUUUAACGCUUUCGUUACCCGAUCUUGAUCCCGGUCAUAAAGACGAAUCGCCGACUACCACUAACGUCGAAGACGGUAAAGCCGAGGAGGCUGUCGUCGCCGAAGUUCUGAAGAACGUGCUGUCAAGAAGCGUGAAAAACAGCAGAUACAUAUUAGACAAGAUGUCUAAAGCUAAAGGACUAAGCUCGUGGAACGAAUCCGGGGAGUUUGUGUUCAGGGAUAAAUCCGUACAAGGUUCGCACAUGGUCGAUUUGUUAAAAAAUGUUACGGCCCCGCAAAACGUUAGGGAUGAACGGAGACCUCCGGGAUGGUCGGAGUUUCUACGCGCCUUUGGCGAAUUAAACAUCCCUUUUUCUACGGUGCCAAGCCAACAGGUCAGACGUACGAUUAACUCUAUAGAAUAAACCCGUAGAACCCCCAUCACCGUCUGUUAGACCUUAUAAAAGAAAAAUAAAAGGGAGAAGAUAUUCACCUCCCUCGGGUCCAGAUUUUGAAGACUCGCAGUUUAAAUCGCCGACUAUCGACCUACGGCAAUGGCUUGAAAUGUAAUGACUCCUUAGAUUUUGCACGAGCAUUAAUUUGUAUCUUAUGAUUAAAUAAAUAAAAGACGAUAAGAAAAAUAUAAUGGUUUAAGCUUUUUUAUUUAUACGUCAAACAUGUCUGCACACAAUGAACGCACGAUAACAUUUUAUCAUUACAAACAUGCAGUCUCAAACUCUUCACAAAGAGGGACACCAUUUUAUCAUUUUUAAUAUAAUCAUCGUUGUAUAGUUUCAUCACGUGGUUAUAGUCGCGACCUCUGGCUAGAUGAUAUAGAAAAAACACACAGUGCUGUCCGCAGGUAUCCGAUGAAUAAUCCUGGACGCGUCUGUCGGAGUAUAAUACGUCAACGUCGUUGACGUCUAGAAAGUUAAUGAUGCUGAUU